AUGUCCGACUACGAAGAUGACAUGGACGUCGAUGCGCCCGCCGCAGACACGUCCAUCCAAUUCUCGUCCAAUGCAAACGAGAAGGGCAAGAGAAGCGCCGCCAAUCUGCCUGUCGAGCUGCAAGACACAUUACCCUGGGUGGAAAAGUACCGUCCAAACACUCUCGACGACGUCUCGGGCCACCAGGACAUUCUGGCAACAAUCAACAAAUUCGUCGACAGCAACAGACUUCCCCAUCUCCUCCUCUAUGGUCCUCCCGGUACCGGAAAGACGUCGACCGUCCUUGCCCUCGCUCGUCGCAUCUACGGAAACAAAAACAUGCGUCAAAUGGUCCUCGAACUCAAUGCCUCCGACGAUCGUGGCAUCGACGUCGUGCGCGAGCAGAUCAAGACCUUCUCUAGCACAAAACAGAUCUUCACCUCAUUCGCUGACAAGACUGGACGUGACAGCAGCCCGGCCAACUUCAAGCUUAUCAUUCUUGACGAAGCCGAUGCCAUGACCUCGACUGCUCAGAUGGCGCUGCGUAGAAUCAUGGAAAAAUACACAUCCAACACCCGUUUCUGUAUCAUCGCCAACUACACCCACAAGCUAUCUCCCGCUCUGCUAUCACGCUGUACCCGCUUCCGCUUCUCCCCGCUCAAAGAGCCAGACAUUCGACGUCUUGUUGAUCUCGUCAUCGAGAAAGAGCAUGUCAACAUCGCCCCUGACGCCACCGACUCUCUCGUCACACUGUCCAAGGGUGAUAUGCGUCGUGCACUCAACGUCCUGCAAGCUUGCCACGCAUCUUCAACACCACUUCAUCUACCUGGCCAGGCACCUGUCGAAGGAGCGAAGAUUGACCGCGACCUGAUCACAAACGAGACCAUCUUCGACUGCAUCGCCGCGCCUCACCCUUCUGACAUCGCAACAAUCCGCGACACGCUUCUCUCAAAUCCCGACGUCACUUCAUGUCUGGCAACAAUCAAUACGCUCAAGGCAAACAAAGGCUUGGCCUUGGCUGAUAUUCUGACAGCUCUGGGUGACGAGCUUGCGAACUUGGAAGUCCCUGCUCACACAAAGGUGGCUUGGUUACAAGGUCUGGCUGAGAUUGAGCACAGAUUGAGUGGCGGUGGCAGCGAAAACCUUCAGACUGGUGGUUUGGUCGGUACUGUCAGAAAUGGUUGCGAACUCAUGGGUAACGCUAGCAAAUAA